AACGUCCCAGCUGUCGGAUGUGAAGGUUUUCUUGCAUCUUACUGGAGCGCUUUUCAAUUCAUUAGAAAGGCGAAUGUCAUUCUCCAGGAAGGAUACCAAAAGCACAAAAAUGGCGUCUUCAAGAUACCCCUGGUGGACCGAUGGCUUGUCGUCGUUACUGGGGACCAACUCCUCGAUAAUCUCCGCACCGCUCCAGAAAGUGUGUUAUCCAUGUGGGAUGCCAUGCUUGAUCUUCUUCAGCUUGAUCAUACCCUGGGCCGCCAAUUUAGGGAAAAUCCCUAUCACGACUCCAUCAUCAGGACGACGCUCACAAAGAACCUUGCAACCAUCCUGCCGAAUAUUGUUGACGAAUCGAUACAUGCUUUUCCGGAUAUGAUAGCGAAUGGCCAGGAAGUAGAUGGCGGAUGGAUAUCCAUCGAUGCGUAUGAUGAAUUCUCUGCACUUGUAUGUCGAGUGCUUCACCGCGUAUUGGUGGGCAACCCGGUGUGUCGCAAUAAAAGCUAUCUUCAGCUGAAUAUCCAGUUCUCUGCGGGCGUCACUACAGAAGCGACAGUGAUAAAUGCCUUUCCGCGAUUUUUGCAGCCAUUUAUUGGCAACUUAUAUAACAAAGUGUCUGGAAGACAAACCAGAGUUUUGGAAUACUUAGGCCCCGAGAUCGAAGAGCGAAAGCUCAAAAUAGCUGAGCUUGGGUCGGAUUAUGAAGGGCGUCCGGAUGACUUGAUCAGCUGGUUGAUGGACAGCGCCCCUUCUGCCCUCGAACGGGAGACGAGCUCAAUCGCGUUGAGAGUGUUGAUCGCCAAUUUUAUGGCGCACCACUCAGCCUUCACGACGUUUACUCAUGCAGUUUAUCAUCUCGCUGCUGAGCCCUUUUACGCGGACGACCUACGAGAAGAAUUAUUGAUGCACCUCAGUCAUCCAGAGCACAUCGAGAACUGGACGGAGAAGAAUCUCGAUCAGUGUUGGAAACUAGAUAGUUUCCUGAAGGAGACUUUGAGGAUGCAUGGUAUUGGCGCAUUGGCCUUACCGCGAAAAUCCCUCAUUCGCUAUACUUUUCCGAACGGCGUGGUCGUUCCACCAGGCACGCUUGUAACUGCGUGCUCGACAGCCACGCAUCUUGAUGAGGAAAAGUAUCCGGAAGCACACAAAUUUGACGGGUUUCGAUUCGAAAAACUGCGUGUACGAGCCAAGACCUUGGAACAGGGAUCAAAACAUAAAGUGACCAGUGCAAGUUCAAGCUUCCUUGCUUUCGGCGGUGGAAAACAUAUCUGUCCGGGCCGGUUCUUCGGGACGUCGUUACUCAAAUGCAUGAUGGCUCACCUUAUCACCCACUACGACAUUAAGAUGGAGAAUGAAGGAGUUCGCCCCUUAGAUGACUGGUUUGGUCCUGUCGAGCUUCCCGCGAGGCAGGGAAAAGUUCUCUUUCGCAAAAGGGAUGGGUGA